GCACCAAGAUUGAUUGGAGAACCUCUGGUCAAUUCAACCACUAAAGGCAAGGAAGCGGAAUUAGUGUGUCGAGUGAAAGCCAAUCCUCCACCUAAAGCCAGUUCUGUCUAUUGGCGUCGAGUGACCGAUGACACACCUUUGACUGAGGUUACUGCUUCUAUUAUCGCUGGAGAGGCUGAUGGUUCAGCAUCAGAUCUCAAGCGUACUGAAAAAACAUCAAUUACUGGUCUUAGAUGCAAUCAGGAAUUCGUGAGUAGAAGAGCAAAGUACUACGUGAAAUGCUUUACUCCAGAACCAUACCAUCUUGUGAGUACGCUCUACAUAACUGAUGUCGAUCCAAGCGAUGUUGGUCGAUAUGAAUGCUUUGUCGACAAUGGAAUCGGCUCUCCUGUGGUUCGACUGAUUGACCUUAUUUAUCCAUUUGCUCCGAAAAUUCUGGAAAUACCAAGAUGGAUGAGAGCUGCACCCCCAUACGAUCCGUCGGAGAUGGGAUUCUCAAAUCGAUCGCAUCAUCUGUUAUCUCCUUCAGCUUCAAUACCUCCAACUACUGUGGUUUGUAUCAUCGCCGCGGAACCUAUUCCCACCGUAACUUGGUUCCGGGAUCCCGCAAAUCUCACUCUUGUGGAGGGAGGACAAUUCAAAUCGUCUGUCACACGUCUUCAUGCUGGACGAUAUCGUGCAUUGCUUACUAUCGAGUUCGUGAAACAGGUCGACUACGGAAGCUACUACUGUCAGGCAAAGAACGGUAUGGGAAUGGAUGUUGGAAAGGUGGUGCUGGGGCCGACGACGUCACCAGGACGACCUGGAAAUCCAGUAUUGGUGAAAUCUACCUCAUCCUCUCUCACGGUUGGUUGGCGACAGGCAUUCAAUGGAGGUCCACCGCAAACUUUCAUCGUGAAGUGGGCUCCCGAUGACGCUCCAGAUGCGGUUCAAACAGCAGAAGUCAAGGAAGAUCCAUUAUCAGAGGUCACCAAGUAUACUAUUGAAAAUCUACCAAAGGUCACAAGAUAUCGAAUUUGCGUUGGUGCAAAGAACUCCCUUCACAAGCCUUCCCCUUUCACCGAUUAUCUGAUUGCAUCUACAGCAGCUGCUGCUGAUCCGAUUGAAGAAGCUAUGCGAGACGAGGCCCAUUCAGGAUCUUCAGGAUCUGUGACGAGUGGAGGAAACCGUUCGCCUUUAAAUGAAAAUCCAGGGUACAUAGGUGAAGAUGGAACUAAUACCUCAUCUCCCAGUGUCUCGAUGAUUAUCACUAUCGCAACAUGCUUCGGAUGUCUCAUUUUCAUCACAAAUCUCAUCAUUGUGGGACUGGUGCUACAUCGUCGUCAUCAAAAAAAGAAUUCUGGACUAAAGAGGAUUCCUGGAACUGAUAGUUUAGUCAAGUGUGGUGUUAUGGACGGUUACCCGAUUGCUGACUGCUAUCCAGAUCGAUUUAUCAAUGGACAACAUGUUUUUGGACCAUUUAUUGACUCGGCUAGUCAAAAGGAUAGUCUCAGUCAAUAUCAAUUUGAACACUUUGGCCAAUGUUCACCUCAAAUGCCAGCUGAAUACAUCUCCUCUACGGGCUCCUAUUUCCCUCGUGAAUCCCCAUUAAAUCUCUUCACUAAUUCUCCAACUCUUAUUACUCCCGAACAACACGCAAUGGCUAUGCAUCAUCAACAACAGCAACAUAGAAUGAACCCUCAGACAUUAUCGCGCUCAAGCUCUCCACUUCACUCAUCUCGUUCACAUGGUAUCCAACCAGCCACUCCAUCAUCCCUUGAGCAUUCUCAUCAACGCCAUCCCAGCUUUAGUGGAGGCGGAGGGUCAGGGGGUGUCUAUCCACCAGAUCAAUCGAUAUACCUUGUUGCGGCGCCCAACCCCCAUCGGUACAUAGCGGAUGACCCCUUGGCAGCUGCGUCACUUUAUGGAGGUCUACAACCGGGAGCUGUCUCACCGCACUCGUUGACUGAUAAAUCCAUCGGUGGAAUAUCUGAUGGAAGGGGAGGAAUUGGAAAUGGUGGACCUGGAAGCGGUAGCUAUGCAAGCAGUGGCGGAAGAGUUGUCUAUACAGGGGCAAAUACUCUGGGAUACCAUGCGUCAACACGAAUGAUAACCAGUUUCUAUACACCUCAGAGACAUGAUUUAAAUCCUGGAGCUAGUAACACUCUUGCACCACACAUACAAACUACUUUUGGUCAAGUACCUCGGAGAAAUUCAUCAUUCGCCACACCUGACCGCAAUUAUCCUCUGGAGAACACAACCAUUGGAAAUACUAUCAAGCGCCCUGUAGUCAACUUUGCCACCGAUGGCAAUCAACCUCCCAUUAUGCAGGUGACAGAUAUGGAUACUAUAAACGCUGUGGGCACGUCAAAUGACCUCACAAUGUCUAGUGAUCUUGGAGCUACUAUCCCUCCUCCCACCGAUUUUGGUCUUCCACCUCCUCCCCCACAGUCAGGUCAGGAAGCAAAUGUAAUGGGGCCUCAAUAUCCCAGCUCUCAAAUUCGACACCACUUCGGUUUAUCUGGGGAGUCAGGAAUUGAGUGGUUGGGUAGCCCCUCUCGUCAGCCCCCAGUGACUCUCAUUCGGGGUUCAUCAUCACCUCAAAGUCAAAAUCCAAAUAAUCAACAACAAGGUCCAGGGGUCCAUUUUGACCUCAAAAUGUAA